GUUCGGCUUUUUCUGAGUUCACUGACUGCUAAUCAGGAAAUGCCUUUUAAGACACAAGCCCAGAUUCAAUGCGAUCGAUGCGUUCUUGUGAUUUUAGUCGCUCGAGGGUGUUUAAUGAUCAUAAAGAGACUUGACGAGGCGUUUUAGAAAGAGCCGAGCGAAUGAAUUGAUCCUGCAGGAUGAAAAUCUAGAUAGAUAAUAUUAGGUGAACGCUGAAGGUUUGUAGGUGAGAGACAUCACACACCUUUGAUCAUGCCAAAAACGAAAAGCGACGAGGAGUUCACUUUCGUCAGUACAGUGGUGAAAUAUUUACUUUUCUUCUUCAACAUGAUAUUUUGGGUAAUCGCACUGAUCCUGAUAGCUAUUGGAGUUUAUUCCAGGACAGUUAAACAUGAGACAGCGCUGGCCUGUCUGACGGUGGAUCCUGCUCUGUUACUGAUGAUAGUGGGCAUUCUCAUGUUCUUCAUCACAUUCUGCGGCUGUGUGGGUUCUCUGAGGGAAAACGUGUGCUUACUGCAGACGUUCUGCAUCAUCCUAACUAUCAUCUUUCUGCUGCAGCUAGUGGCUGGUGUUCUGGGUUUUUUCUUCUCAGACAAGGCACGUGGAAAAGUAACGGAAAUGUUUGACAAUGCCAUCAAGCAUUACAGGGAUGAUAUAGAUCUUCAGAACUUCAUCGACUAUGGACAAAAACAGUUUAACUGCUGUGGGGGAAUCUCCUUCUUGGAUUGGUCUCAGAACAUGUACUUCAAUUGUUCAAAAGAGAACCCGAGCAGAGAGCGUUGUUCUGUGCCCUUCUCCUGCUGUCUGCUCUCCGAAGUGGGGACUGUAAUAAAUACCAUGUGUGGUAAUGGGGUGCAGCAGCUGGAAUAUCUUGCAGCUAGUGCCUUCAUUAACACCAAUGGCUGCAUUGAUAAAGUGGUGAACUGGAUCCACAGUAACCUGUUUCUUUUGGGGGGUAUCGCACUGGGCUUGGCCAUCCCACAGUUGGUUGGGAUCCUCCUCUCUCAGAUCCUUAUUAGUCAAAUCCAGGAUCAGAUUAAACUGCAGAAUUACAACCAACAACAUCGCUCAGACCCCUGGAGCUGAAACAGUUGGCAAAAAACUAAAUGCGUUUUUAUAGAAAGCUUGGGAACUCAUUGCUGCCUGAAGGGACUGACAUGGACUGGAUUCUGAAUAAGGAGAACUGGGCUUAAAGGGAUACUCCACCCCAAAAUGAAAAUUUUGUCAUUAAUCACUUAUCCCCAUGUUGUUCCAAACCCGUAAAAGCUUGGUUCGUCUUCGGAACACAAUUUAAGAUAUUUUGGAUGAAA